UCCCGGGUCCAGGAGCCCGACACCCGGCGGUGGCGGUGGGGCGGCCGGGCUGGCUGGAGUUCACCGCCGCGCACCGAAGGAUGAGCGGGGCCGGGGCGGCUCCGGGGGCUGCGGGCGCCGUCCGGGGGCUGCGGGUAGACGGGCUGCCCCCGCUUCCCAAGAGCCUGAGUGGGCUGCUGCACUCGGCGUCGGGCGGCGGCGCGUCGGGGGGGUGGCGGCACCUGGAGCGGCUGUACGCGCAGAAGUCGCGCAUCCAGGACGAGCUCAGCCGCGGGGGCGCGAGGGGCGUCCGGACGUCCGCGCCGUCCCCCAGGCCUCCCAACCUGGACGCCGCGCUGGCCUUGCUCCGCAAGGAGAUGGUUGGCCUUCGACAGCUGGACAUGUCCUUGCUCUGCCAACUGUAUAGCCUCUACGAAUCCAUUCAGGAAUAUAAAGGGGCGUGCCAGGCAGGAUCCAGCCCAGACUGCUCCUAUGCCUUGGAGAAUGGCUUCUUCGAUGAGGAGGAGGAAUAUUUCCAAGAGCAAAAGGCGCUCCGUGAUGGGAAGGAGCAAGGCACUCCAAGGGACAUGCCACUGCCUGUCUCUUUCCUCUCCGGCAGUGACUGGACUCUGGAGUCCAUCUAGAGUCUUAGGACCCUGACCACUGGACACAAUAUCGGCGUUUGCUUCUCUUCUUGCAGGAAUCGUGUUUGCUCUCCAUGUGGGCUGUCCUCAGGCAUGUGAGCCCAGUGCAGCUGGUUUAACUUGUAGUAUGGGAGUCACCUCUCUGAUGGCCGGGGUUUCCGCUAAGGUGAUCCAGUGGUACUCAGCAGUGGCCUUGAUACUCUCCAGCAGUGCCCUGACACUCCUGCUAAAGAUUCAGAAGAGAGUAUAACAAAAGCAUCCCUGAAGAAGACUUGAUUAACUCGUUUCCUCCUGAUGGCAAAUGAUUUGCACCCUCUUUUUUUUUUUUUUGCAGGGUUUGCCUCAAGUUUACAAUGUAUUCAAACUAGCAUUUCACUGUUCCUUUUUCUCAAACAUAACUUGCUUUUUCUUGAGCCUUAUAAGCACCUUUGUUGAGAUUUUUAUUUAUUUGUAAUUCGCAUUACCAGAUGACCCUCUGAAAGCAUUUUACUGAGAAAGUAAAGGUCGCGUCAAACAACUGCAGUCUCUUAACCUGUAAAAAAUUCCUAUAAAUCCUUCUUUGUCCGUCAGACAUGAUGUCAUGGGGAGAAAAAAUAGGGCAGUAUUUUAUCAUUCACUGUGCAGAGGCAAAAAUGAUAAACAAUUUUGUUUUUUAAAUUUCUGAAUGUAAACUUAUUUAUGUAGCAAACCUUUCUCUACUCAAGAUAAUGAUCACUUUAAGCCUUAAUAUAUUUACUAAAACAUUUUGUGAAUGCUUUGUAGAGGAAAAAAUGAUGAUAAAAUGCCAAAUGCUCUAUGUUGUAUAUUUUUUGGGCCUGAAGUCAGAAUCACCAGUUUUCAUAACUUCAAAGUGUUUAAUCUAAAUUCUAAGAAAAUACCGGUCUUUUUUCCCAAUAUAAUUGUGAAAAAAAGGUUUUUUCCUCAGUUAUUAUUUUUAUGUGAUUGUUUCCUCUACAAAUUAAUAAUUUGUGGUUAAUUUUCAGUGCCACCUAUAUUUCGAAUUCUUAUUUCUCUUGAUGAUUACUUACUGUCACCUCUUUCAGAUGAAAGAGAGAAGGUAAAAUUCAUCUUUGUGAACUAGCGUGUUGUCAACCUGUUAUAUACAUGAUUUUGAAUUAGGAACUGGGAUGAAUACAGAAAAGGAGAAGCGUUUCUUGGUGUUGGAAAUAGUUGAAGUGAGGGGAGGCAGUAAAUUGCUUUCAAUGUCUGAUAUACUUCUUCAGUGUGAACAGAGAAAUUGGAUGUGAUAAAACCAGAUGAAAAUAAACUUGGGAUGUAUACAAAUACAUGACUUUCGUGACUUUGAAAUAUUCCUGGUUCUGUCACUAGCUGUGAAUAGGAUUUGUGGAACCCUUCUUCCCUCACAUUUUGCUAAACUUACUCAGUUUCUUCUUCAUCCGGGGAGUGACCCUAUCUUUGGAUCAAAUUUACCCUAUCCAGGCCAAAGGGAAUCUGACCACAUACUCUUGAACCUAAAGACUUUAGGGCUGGAGGGGUAGUACAGUG